AAACGGCUUCACGACGGCAACGCGUAAACGGCGGAUGGAUUAAAGUGCCAACUACAAAACAAAAAAAAUAAAAGAAACACAACAGACAAGACAUUCAAUAAGCCAGUCAAAACAUAUGAGAAAAAAAGAAAUGAAAAACAACAAAAGUAAAAAAGCAAAAGCAUAGCCUGAAUUUAUCAAAGAAAAGAAAUAAUUUAAACUUGUGUUUGUUCUUUAUUUUACGUAUAAAAAAAGUGAAAAAUUAAAUUUAGGAAUUUUUAAAAUAUCAAACAAAGAGGAGAACAACUUAUAUGGCCUUUUUUAUGUGGAAAUAGUUUUUGUAUGUGAAGCAACAAGAAACAUUUGAUUUUUUGUGAUUUUUUUUGUUUUAAUUUUUAAAACAAGCUCUCUGUCCUCUACAUUUGUGUGUAAAUUUGUGUGUGUGCAUUGUAGAAGAAAAAUCAAACAGUUUUUUUGUGGAAUGGAAUGCAGCAAAAGAGAUAGCGAGCAUGGCGAAUGCCGCCGUUACAAUUUGAACUAAAACACAUGUGCCAGAAAGAGAGAGCAGAACACAGAGAGAACCAGAGAGAGAGAAGUGCUGUUUUUGUCAUUUUGAGUAGAAAUUUUAUUAAGAGCCGCCAAGUGCCAAGAAGCCCACAAUCAAAGCUGCACACACAGAUACCUCAGAGAGCUGCUACAGUGCGCACAAGUUGAGUGUCGGGUCGUCCGUCGAACGAUUUUGUUGUGUGCAAACGCGUUAAAAAAAAUCGAUGUAUGUAGGUAGGACUGGUGUUUGUGUGAAUAUUUUUGUUAAAUACACCAGCAUUAACUACAUCACUAGAUCUCGACGUAAUCGUUUGGAGUUUUAACAAAAAGUGAUCCAAAAAAGGAUUUUUUUGAGAAAAAAAGGAACAAGUGAAAGAAAAUUUGCCUUUUUUAUAACAAAAAAAAAAAAAGAAAAUUGAAAAAAGUACAUACCCACACAAGUGCAAGUGAUUAGAAAUUUUUGAUAUAUCCAAUUUUCAAAAUUGUUUAUAAGAGAUGCUGUAGAGAUCAUCUCCCACAAGUUCCUUAGAUUGCGCGCGCGCUCUUCAUGAUUAUGAUGUUAACUAAAACAAAAUCAAGUUACAGUGAAUUUUAUGUGUGAGAGCAGCUUUUGUCUGUAUGUUAUCGGUUAAAAAGUCAUUAAUCUUUGCCUGAUGGAGAGAAAUUAAUAUUUAUGACAACAAAAAAUAUUUCUACACUUAAAUAACCCCAAUACAACACGAAAAGAAAUACCACCAAACAUAACACAACAGGCAAAACAAGGCAAAGAAACGCGCACCCAAAAAAAUUCAAAAAAGAAAUAGUAAAACAACAAAGUGAUAACAACAACAAAAACAACGAGAAGCGAAAAAACGCCGUAGGAAAAAAAAAUCAAAAAUUCAAAUAACGUUUAAAACGGUCGCGGUGGUCGGUUGUCUUCUUCUCGAGAAACGGUUUCAAAUACACUACAAAAAAAAGCAACAAAACAACGAAAAAACGCGUUCCAGAAAAACAAAAAACCCCUACAAAUUGCCAACAUCAAUAGCAGUCAAUAUAGGCGGCACAAGUGGACGGUGAAGCGACGCAGCGACUACGUUCACCACCAAAAAUGCGGUUGUGAAAAAUUUCGAAUCGAAUUUGACAAUCUUAAAACAAGUUUUUGUUGGUAUUUUGUUAGUGGCCAAAGCCAUAACCAAUACGCAAGAAACAAAAACCAAAUUAAACUAAACGAAAGACAAAAAUCACCUGGCAAUCCUUAAAGUCCCCCUAACACCAACAGACACAGCUGAUGAUAUGCCGCUAUAACUGUUAUUUACACACCUGCAACCAAGUAUCAUACAAAAAAUGUUGCCUACAAUGCCUUUGACGACGUUGAAAACUGCAAUAACAGCAGCAGCCAUAACAUCAUCCUAAGCAAGCAGCACCAGCGAUAGAAAUUCACCACCACACUUAAAAACUAAAAUAACAGCGACGACGAAAGAAUUCGUUUUCACACACACCCCAUUUUUUUAAUUCAUUGAUAACGUGCAAACAUUUCAAUUUGAAAUUAUGCCAAAAUUACAGCAACUCGCGGCCACACAUCAGCAGCAGCAGCAACAAACACAACAUCUAUACCAACAGCAGCACCAGCAACACCUUCAUCAUCAGCAACAACAGUAUCCGCACUAUAAUACAACACAACCACCAAAACAGCUGCAGACCACAUCGUUAACCAAUGUAGCUGCCAUUACAUCAACACCUCCACCACCUCCUUUGUCUUCCUCAACCACUCACAUAUCGCCGCAUCCUUAUCAACAGCCACCGCAACAUCAUCAUCCCCAUCACUAUCAACAUCAAACAACAACAUCGUCGUCCCAGCAACAUCAGUCUUCGUCAACGCAACAUUUGCAUCAUCAUGGUGAAUUUCCCUUGCCCGAUGGUUGGGAUAUUGCAAAGGAUUUCGAUGGCAAAAUCUAUUACAUAGAUCACAAUACGAAAAAGACCACAUGGCUGGAUCCAAGAGACCAAUAUACCAAACCUCAAUCAUUCGAAGAUUGUGUUGGCGAUGAAUUACCCAUUGGUUGGGAGGAGGCCUAUGAUCCCAAUAUCGGUCGUUAUUAUAUCAAUCACAUAGCCCAAACCACCCAACUGGAAGAUCCCCGCCAAGAAUGGAAAAGUGUGCAGGAGCAAAUGCUACGUGAUUAUCUGUCAGCGGCCCAAGAUCAAUUGGAGAAUAAACGUGAGAUGUAUGGCAUCAAACAGCAGAGACUGCUGAUUGCUCAAGAGGAAUAUAAUAAUUUGAAUAAACUAGCGGCCAGUAGAAGUAGUUUAUGCUCUUCUACAUCAUCGAUGAGUCGACAUGAUCCAGAACUACUGCGAGCCGAUUUGAAAUUGGCCAAAGAACGUGUGUGCCAAUUGAAACAUGAACUGAAUCAUAUCACAAGCGACAUUUCCUAUACGGAGCGUGGCAUGAAUACCCUCUAUUCGGUGGGAGAGAAAAUCAAUGCACGACAAAAUGGCUGUUACGACAUAGCCGAAGUGCAGGCCAUACGCGAGGAAAUGCUUAAGGUUCACAAGUCAUUGGUGUCGGGUGAGAAAGUACGAGAGGAAUUAAUUCGAAGUCUGGUGCAGAUCAAAAAUGAAUUGAGUCGUCAACAAAUCAAUGAAGAAAAUGCUGAACUUUUGAAUGCCUCCUCCCCCUUCGAUCGUGUGUGUGUGGCCUCACAAACGGAUCUAUGCGGACCAGGUGAUAAUCUGAAUAGCGGUGCCCGUUUUGCUGAAAUGGCUAAAACAAAACUUCAAUAUACCGAAUGGCGUAAACACAUAAGGCGCCUACAGCAACAGCUGGCCGAUCAUGUGGAACGCAUUGAACCUGGCCAACUGGAGUCAGACAAGGAUCGCAUACUGCUGAUACAGGAGAAGGAAAAGUUACUAACCGAACUGAACAGCAUUUCAUUGAAAUCCCGAACACCCGAAGAGAUUCACAUAAUACAGGAGACACGAAGGAAAUUGGAAGAGGACCUGAAAGAGGCUUAUGAAGCUACGAAUCAACAAAUCAAUAAUCGCCUGCGUUUUCAUGAAGAGAAACAAUUGCUUUUGGAUAAGUUGCAGGAGGCGCUAAAGUCUACCAAGAUGUUGGAGGAACGUUUGAAAUCCUUCUCUUCGGAAAGCACCUUCUCCAUCAGCAGUGGUUCCAGUUUGGGCUCCCUAUCGACGGCGAGUAGUAAGAGCGCGCUCAGCUUUACCGAUAUAUAUUUGGAUCCGUUUGCGGUCGAUCCACAAAUAGAUGUGGUCGAUUUGCAUCGCAGAUCGCAACGCCUGUUCCAACAACAACACCAUCUGCAACAGCAACAACAGGCGGUGCAAGCAUUACAGCAACCUGGCCAAGAACAUGUGGUGCUUGGCCAUCAUCAUCCCCAGUUACAGCAACAACCUUCAUCUGAAAUCUCCUUGUCGCCACGCAGUAGUCUGUCCAUGGAGACACCACCCGCAUCCCCAAUGAAAUACAAUCCCGCCUCUGAACAAAAUGGCUCCCAGCAACAGUUGCUGAAAGAGGAGCCCACCUAUGCAAACGCUGGAGCCGUCUUACAAUCCCUAUACCAACAACCCAGCCCUGGAAAUCGUUCGGCGACAAAUCCCUACGACUUGGACUCAACGGUAUUGGAUUGUAUGAUGCUAGAGGCUAAACUGCAAAAACUGAAUAUGUCAGCGCCUCUAAAUCUGGGGGCGCCACUUUCGCCCAUUUCGGAGAAGCCCUCAUUACUGGAUUUACCACAGGAAAUGUUAAGCCGUUCCUCCUCAACCUCAAACACUCGUUCUGUGUCGGCGGCGGUAAGCAAUGAAUCGGUUGCGGGCGAUUCAGGAGUAUUUGAAGCCUCAAGAGCCCACUUGCCACGUAAAGAAUUGGCCCAGGUGCAGAUUGGUUUGAAGUACCUAAAGAAAGAGGGCGUGCUGGUAGUGUCAUUGGAAAGGGCCAAUAAUUUAUCAGCCCUAUGGUCGGCAUCAACGGAGAACUCGCAAGUAUAUCUACGUGCUGCUUUACUACCCAAUUCCUUGACAUCGAUACGCACGAAAGCAAUGUCAGACUUCCAGAAACCCGUUUUCAAUGACACCUUUGCAGUGCCCAUAUCUUUGGGCAAACUUUUCACCAAAAGCUUGCAUGUCACAGUGGUCAGCAUGACGGGACAAAAAGAGGAAAUUAUUGGUACUGUCCAAAUCAGCAUGGCCGAAUUUAAUCCCGAAGACUCCACCCUAAAAUGGUACAAUGUAUUGAGUUCAAAAUUCAUGCCCACAUUUGAACCUCUUGAUAUGCCUUCGACAAGUGCGGCAGCUGUGGCAGCAGCCGCAAAUCAUCAUAACAAUGCAACUUCUACCACAACACAUGCCAUCUCCAGCAAAGAAGAGUCUUCGGAUGAGUCCACCAUCACUUCCUCCCAAACAUCCACAUUGACACGCAAUCAAGCGCCUCCCUUUGAAAUGCAAGCACAAAUUGCCGAAGAUUUAAGAGAAAAUCUAGGCUUAGAUGAUGGCGAGGACGAAGAUGAAGAUGAGGACGACGAUGAGGAUGAUGAGGAUGAAGUUGAUGAUGAUGAUUUGGAGGGAGCCAUUGAAAGUGAUUUUACCAAGAAAAUGUUAGAUGCCUACAUGGACAACAUGAAACAAGAGUAUGUGGAUAAGGAAACCAAUACGGAAUGUGCCUUUCCUCCUGAAAAAUCCAGAUCACAACAAGCACAACAGGCGGUGGAUGAUAGACCUGUUAAGCGAUCACAAACUUUCACCCCCUCGGCGGCUGUGGGCAAAAGUCGUUAUAUCUGCCGUUUGAAUCGUAGUGAUUCCGAUUCGGCCAUGCACUUUGGAGUCACACCCCAUCCCUUCCAUCGUGGAGCCGUAGAAAGAAGAUCACUGAGAUUCCACACCAAGGCCCCCAAAACUGCCACAAAAUUAAACCAUACUCAUAUACCACGUACCAGUUUAGAUUUAGAAUUGGACCUACAGGCACAACAUAGCAAACUAGAUUUCCUUAAUGAUCAAAUUUCAAAAUUACAAAACCUAAAGGACGCUUUGGAGAAAGCCCGCGAUAAUAAAGACCCAUUGAUUGCUGCUUGGGCCAUUGAAAAUGAGGAGUUCCAACGUUUGGUGGAACGUGCCGAUCCUUCCAAAUGUCCCGAGGAAAAACAACUGCAGAAAUUAUUAAUGAAAACCACCAAGAAAAUCUAUAAGCUGCGCAAAACGAAAGUGCCCAAAGGCUGUCCAGAUUUAGUUUCCUUCAAAGAAAAAAUUUCAUUCUUUACCCGUAAGGGCCUGUCGGUGCCAGAAUUGCCCACCGAUUUCAUGCUAUCCGAGGCCGAUCCCAUUGAAGAAGAGGAGGAAGAAGAAAGCGAAGAUGUAAUUGAACAAGACAAUUACGAGGAUGAUGACGACGAUGAUGAUGAUGAUGAUAAUGCCGCCGAAACAGCAAUUGCCAUUAAUACGGCUCUUGUAGCCAGUAGCAUAAGAAAUAAGAAUCUCAAUGAGAAUCAUAUGGGUGGCGCCACUAGCCGAAGACAAGCGGCUACACAAAAUGCCACCGCUGCAGCGGCGGCGGCUGCUGCUGCAGCAGCUGCAGCUGCCAAUAUCUCUAGCAAAACAUUAAAUGCAACCACACAGCCAGAAAAUGAAAACGCCAAAGAUCAACGAUCAAACGCCGCUGAUGAUGUCGACGAUGCGGUGGAUAAAGAAGAUAAACAACGUUUUGAAUAUGUUGUGGAUCGUACUUAUGGUGUUGAAGUUUGAAGAGUAGAAUGGAAUAGGAGUAGGAGUUUUGCUCCCUACAAUCUGCAAGAAAUUCCUGACAUAUAGCUUACUAAUAUAAAGUUAAGUGAGCUUGUGAGCCUUUUGGUGUUUUUCACAUGAAUGCAUCCGACUAUUCUAACUAGAGAGAGAUCAAGAGAUAGAUAGCAUGUAAAUAGCUAGAAAUGGAAGCAAUUGAAUUAUUAUCUAACACAUAGACUGUAUAGUGAAUGUUCAGAAUUCAAAAAAUUAAGCCUUAACUGAUGCAACAAAACCAACAACAAAAACUCUGUUAUUUGCAUGAAGCAUUCAUGAACUUUACUUUUACAGAAUUUUGUAGUGUAGUAGAAGUCUUGACAUUCAUUUGUCUAUGCAUAACAACUAUUUAGAAAAAAAAGCCAGAGAUUAUUAUAUAAGCUUAAAGCUAAAAAAUAAAAAAAAACAACAACAAAAAGAAAAAAAACAAUUAAAUUAGAAAAAAUAUUAAUUUAUUUUAUAAACUAACCAAGCAAAAAACAGCAGUAGAAUUUUAUCAAAAUACUUGGAGUCCUUUGCAUGGCAAGCCUAGCGGUAGUUAGUAGUUGUAUAAAGUUUUUAUAUGUAUGUAUGUAAAUCCGCAGCCUAACAAAGGACCAAAAAAUCUAAAAUCACACACACAUGGACUGCUGAAAAUAUGUUUUUCUAUGGAAACAAAAAAUUGUGCCUUAUAUUGAAAAAAAAAAAUUAAAAUAUUUAAAAUUAGUUUUGUAAAAAUUUAAUUGAAAGCAAAAAAAAAAGCAAAUCCCUCAAGAGAACUACUAUUUCCCAAACUGUGCAUAUUUUUUACUCAACUCAAAACAAAACAAAAAAAAACUUUACAAAAAAAAACAACAAAACCUACUCCCUACAAACAAUGAACAUAAAUCUGUAUUCCUAAGACUUUUUCAAAUUAUACGAAUGUAAUUUAUUUAAAGAUAUAGUUUAUAAACAAAAUACACAAAAACUACAUAAAUAACAAUAACUAAUUAUAAGCCAACAGAUGUAAAUAGCAAACCUUUCAUAACCCAAACCCGCCCUUUCCCAAAACUAUUUUUAAUGCAAAAUACAUUUAAAAUCUAAGCCAAUUAGUUUAUUAGAAUAUUUUAUUAUUAUUAUUAUUUUUUUUGUUUAAACACAAACUGAAGAUACAAAACAAAAUAGAAAAUAGCUUGCGUUUUUGUUGAGCUUUCAUUUAUUGGAAUUUUUAUUUCCCCCCUGCCCACCCCCCCACCCUAACAAAAACUCCAAACACAACAAUAAAACUGAAAUUACCACAUUUAGAAAAAAAAACAAUGACAAUGUAUUAUUUUUCAUUAAAACUACAUACACACCCAAAUCGAUUUGGUUUUACAUACAAACACACUCAAACAAAGGCCACAAGGGACUGAAUUCUCUUAGAGGCCAGCGUUUACAAAAGAAACUAUUUUCAAAACCCGCGCCAAACCCACCCUACCACACCCCCACCCACACACACACACACACACUCACAUAAUACACAAACCAUAUUAUUUACUUUUUAUGUAAAUUUGUUAUUUUAGUUUUUAAAUAAAACAAAACAAAAAAGUGUAUAGAAAAAUAUCCUCCAAACCCCCCCCCACACACACACACACACACAACCCUUAAACAAAAAGAAACCCCCCCUACAACUAAAUCUAUUGUUAUUUUGUAAUAUUUUUAAGACUAUAAUAUUAUUAAUAUUAUUAUUUUUACUAUAUACCUAUUAUAUAAUUAAAUACUAUAUUAUUUAACUCUAUUUUAUAUAUGCGUAUAUUUAGACUAAGUAAUUUUAUUAAAUUCAAUAACAAAAUGAAGUGAACCAAUGGUUUAAAUAUUUGUUAUCAAAACAACCUUGGACUCUUUGCUUAUAUACAUAUUUUUUUUCUAAGUAAUGGAACUGAGAGUCCUUUUUACUGUCUUCUAAGGGAGUGUAUGUGUAUGAUUUUAUAAGAAUUAACCCCCCUCCCUCCCUCAAUUUGAAAAAAUUACUCAAAUUAUAUUUAUAGUGAUUACAAAACAUAAAUAUCUAUAAUGAAUCAUCUAUAAUGGAUCAACCAGAAAUAAACAAAAAAACAACAAACAAGAAUAAAAUGUAUAUUGUAUAUUGUGCAAUAAACAAAAUCUGUAAACAAUUUAAAACAUA